AUGUGGUUUCUAACGUCAGACAAUGAUAAAAGAGUAUUAUAUGUAUCACAAAGCAAAAAUCCUGUAACAAUUGGUCGAUAUGUUGAUGGACCAAAUUGUGAUUUUACUAUUGCUGAAGAUGCGUCGAUUAGUAGAAAACAUGCCACUCUUACGGUUUCAGAAGGUGAUUUGCUUUUAAAAGAUUUGGGUUCGAAAUAUGGUACUUAUAUUAAUAACUCUGAUAAAGUUGAACAUAAUAAAAUGAUAAAAUUAAAUAAAGAUGAUGUUGUUAAGUUUGGUAAAAUGAGUUGUAUAUGGAGAGUAAGUUAUAUUAAUUUUAUUACUUGUACGUCUACAUUGAAAGGAGAGAACCUUCAAAAUCUUAAGAAAGUUCUUGACAUUCUGGGUGGAACUUUAAAAAACGAGUGGGACGAUACAUGCAUGUAUUUAACUAUGCCAGCAAUAACACUCACUAUAAAAGUUGUUCUAGCAUUGGUACAAAAGUCACAUAUUGUAACUAUUGAUUAUUGGAAAAAGUGUGUUGAAGCAAUUAGUAAUAAUUUACCAUUGCCAAAUCCUAACAAUUUUAUCCCUCAAAUAUUAGAAUCAACUCUUAACAGAGAAAAUGUAUCCUUUAUUCCAAAAAAUGAAAGAUGUAAUCUGUUUGCUGGCAAAAAAGUAAUAUUUUUUUCAAGAAGACAGUUGGAAAUGUAUAAAACGGCUCUAAUGAAAAGUUCAGCAACAGCAUUAUUAUUAAGUGAAUCAAAACUAACUAAAGCUGCUUUGUGUGAGGAGGAUGUUAUUGUUAUUCAAUAUAACUUAUCAUCAAUAAAUCAAGAAACUCAGUCUCAGAGGGAACAAAUUAAUGAAAUAAUUGACUACCUGAAAUGCAGGGGCAAAAGGGUAGUAGCUGAUGCGGAAAUUGGUUUAGCCAUACUAUACUGUUCUACUACUAAAUAUUGCAAUCCAGCUUUUAAUUUUCCUUCUGAAGUUAUUAAACAAGUGCCUCAACAAAAUACUAGUGCCAGGGACAUAUUAGCUCCAGAGUCACAGGAAUCUUCACAGAACUUGUGUAGAAAUAGCAAUGUAUUCAUUGAUGAAAGUCUCACACUAAAUUGUAGUAGUAAUGAAAAUAAAAAUAAUCCCAAAAGAAAAUUGAGUGAAGAUUGUGACAUUGAUGGUAUAAAUAAAAUGAGUAAGAAACUGGCAACAGAACAAACUAAUAUUCCUACAAGCAAUAGCAAUAAAAGGCAAAAUGAUUGUACUGACUUGGAAAAUCCAGCAAAGAAAGUUGCUAUUAUGAAUGAAGAUGAUGAUGUAUUUAAUUUUAAGAAAAGUGUUUCUAUUACAAAUGUUAAUCAAAGUGAUUCAAACAAAAAACUUAACUUGUUUAAGCCAAUAAAAAGGAAACAUGAUGCAGUUAACGAUGAAGAGGAUUUAUUUAAUUUUGUAGAUAAAAGUAAUAAGAAGGUUGCUAUUGAUAAAUCUGUUAGUAUAAAAUCAGAACCUCUAAGUACAAUAGAAAGACCAGAUAUUGAUAAGAUAAAUGUAACUCAAAAUACUGAUAUAGCAGUUAUAAGAGGAUCAAAAUUGGAAGAACUUAUGAAGAAUAAUGCAAAGGUUUUAUGUUUAAAAAAUGUGAAAAAAGAGGAUACAACUGAAAUUGGUGAAAAAUUAAGCAAUAUGGAUUUAGGAUCUACAACUGUGAUAGUGAGAAAUGAUCUGAUUGUUAAGAAGGAGACAAUUCAAGUAAAAUCUCCUGAAAGUAGACUAAAAAAUUUCAAGAAGUUCAAAAAGGUUUGGCCUAUAAAAUUGCAAGUAACUAUUUUGCCAAGACCAUCAGAAUUCAUAAAUGCGUCUCAAUCUAGUGAUAAUAAAGAAAAUACAAUGAUAAUC